AUGUACGCUUCGGCUGGAAGACAGGCAUACCAGAUCAGUCCAUUCUCGAGUGUCAAGUGCUCCAUCUCAUACCUUAAACCUGAAUUCAAAACUUUGCUGUCGAGUUACCAACAACAAAAAGCCCAAACCUUCCAGGAGCAUCACGAUGAGGAAAGCAGCAAGCUACCACAUGAAACCAUCAGUCUUGUCAAUCUUCCCUCAGAGAUCCUCAACCAGAUCUUUUGUGAAGUCAAAUGGGAUUCUCCAACUGUUCCAUUUGAGCUCGAUGGCCUGCAAUUCUACGAGAACUUGACUGCGAAUGAGAGCUACAUCGCUUCCAUACGACUGACUUGCAGACGGCUGGCAUCUGCUGCAGCACCAUGGCUCAUGCUUGCACCAUGUGUGUCGCUCACCGACCCAGAGUCCAUAGACCACCUCGAGCAGAUUGCUGCGAUCACUUCCUUCUCUCCUUACGUGAAGGCUGUCCGAGUCUCUGCUGGCUUUUAUUCCGAGGAGAUUGCUCAGGACAUUCGCAAUUCGGCAAAGUAUCUUAUCUGGAACGUGGAAGGAAUCAAAAGGGUUCUCGAGGAUCUAGGAUAUCAAGACGUCGUCUCGACUCGGCUGCCAGGCAACAGGACUCCAGAGAAGUGGGAUAAAAUCUUGGAUGAGUGGAAGGCUCUCAGCAAUAACGGUGAUGAGCAAGAUCAGCGAGGUGGGAAAUCAGAGCUCAGUAGUGCUUCAGUGGACAGGGACUCCGAAGCGAUGCAGCUGCUGGAGAAGGAGCACACCGAGUAUCAGCGUCGCUUCAACAAACAGCAAAAAUUGCUGAUGGCGGGUCCCGAGUCAGCUGUUGAACGGAUUGCUGGGGCAAUAGCUAAGAUGCCCCAGGCAACCCGUUUGGUUCUGAGCGAUGCCUCUCGAUGCGCUGACUAUUCCAUACCAAAGAUCCCAUUCGAAGGUGGCGAUGGAUGGCUCCUCAGCCCAAUGAGCUGGGCAUCCUACUUCAAACUUCAUUACAGCCUUGGCGAUCACCCAGCCCGUAUCUUCGACACCAUUCUAAACACCUUAUUCAACCUCCCCAUCGCCAUCCACCGCGCAGGCGUCAACCUAACCGCCCUGCGCCCCAGCUGCUCAAGUCCAUGCGGAAAUGGAUCUCUUGGGACCCGGAAGAAAAUCUCGCGAACGACCCCCUUCUCCCCGAGGCCGAAGAACUGCGAGCGGCGUGCCGCCACCUGCGUGUCCUCGAUUUUCACGCCUGACUACCUGCCGGGCUGCGUACUAACAGACAGCCCCAACUGGCUUGCAUGGCCUCACAUCGGCUACUUCCGCAGACACCCGACCAUCCGCUCUAUCACCCACUGCGAAGAGCUCUUGGGAUGGAUCAUGACCGCCGCAUGCAACACCCUAACGCAUAUCCGCGCCGACGAGCUCUUCAUGGCACCCGAUGCCGGCGAGUUCGCCAUGCCACGGGGCUUUCCCGAAGGCACCGCCUUGCGCCUCUCAAACAUCCAAGUCCUCUGCCUGCAAAACCUGAAUAUUUCCCUCGGCAUCCUCCCACGCUUCCUUUCCUACGCCUGUGCCACACUCCGCCGGUUGAUCCUCUUCAAGGUUAUACUCAAGUCCUACCCUAUUCCUUCUCCAAGAAACCUUAGGAGGUGCUCGUGGGCGUGCUUGCUCGACGAAAUCCGGCCGUACACUAUGAGUCGUGAGAUGGAGGGAGGGAAGGCAGAGCAUCGGGUGGUGGUGAAGAUCAGGAAGCCGACGGGGUAUGAGAUUGUCUGGUUUGAUGCAUCCGAUCCUAACCAUUCUCUGAUGGCGCUGUUUGAGCCUGAUGACGAAACGCCUGAUCUAUGGGCGCCUUCUGAUCAGCCAUACGAUAUCUUUGAGGAUGAAGGAAGUAAUUAUCGUGAUCAUCUCUAUCAUGGAUUUAGUCCUGUGGAUAAGUAUCUUAUGGGGUGGAGAGACUAG